CCCAAGACAAAAACCAACCAAGGCAUUCAUUUCUGGUGCAGCAGUAGCCUUCGCCUGAGCACAGUCCGAUAAGAAUGCGUGGCCUUACUCUCUCAGAGAGCAUUUUGAGGCCACAUUCACUUCCAUCAUUUCCCAGCUUUCCCAAGCCAUUCACCUCUUUUCUUCUCUCUUCCAAGAAGCAUACUUCAAAGCUUGCUUUGGAAUUCCCGAGUUCCAAUUCCUCCAGGUAUUCCCAACGGUGUGCAAAUACCUUCAGGCAGAGGUCUUGCUGCGAUCUACAACAAGAUUUUCAAAAAUUGAGGGAACCCGGGAAAUUGAGUCAUGUUUACAAGAAUGGUGAAGCAACGAGCUACUGCCGUAGUUCAAAUAAAUUGGUUGUCGAGAACUCCAACAAGGAAUGUCACGUAGACACAGAUGUUUUUUCUAAUAAUGCAUCCAGUGGACUCCUGAAGUUUAUGCUUUUGUUUGGGUUGCUCACAUUUCAAGACACUUAUCCAGCUGCUGCUUCAGAUUUGGCUAGUGGGUUCAAUUCAGUUCCCAUAUUAGGGGAUUUGGGUGACAUAAGCACAGGUUUUGCUUCAGCUUUCCUCCUAAUUUUUUUCUCAGAACUAGGAGACAAGACCUUCUUCAUUGCAGCACUCUUGGCAGCUAGGAAUUCGGCUGUGGUCACUUUCGUUGGGACAUUCGGUGCACUCGCGGCGAUGACUAUUGUAUCUGUUGUUCUUGGACGAACUUUUCAUUAUGUUGAUGAAAUAUUGCCAUUCAGGUUUGGUGAGACGGAUUUACCUGUUGAUGACAUUGCUGCUGUUGGCCUUUUGGUGUAUUUUGGGGUCUCUACCUUGCUUGAUGCCUCAUCUAGUGAUGGUCAAUCAGAAGAUGAACAGAAGGAGGCAGAGUUAGCAGUUUCAGAAUUUUCAGGAAAUGGUGCUGGCAUACUAGCUGCUGCUAGUACAGCAGUCAGCACUUUCCUCCUAGUUUUUGUUGCUGAAUGGGGUGACAAAUCAUUUUUUUCUACAAUCGCCCUUGCAGCGGCUUCCUCACCCCUCGGAGUCAUUGGGGGAGCACUGGCUGGUCAUGGUGUAGCAACCUUGCUAGCAGUGCUGGGGGGCUCUUUACUUGGGACAUUUUUAUCAGAGAAGGUUAUCGCGUACAUCGGAGGCGCUCUCUUUCUUGUCUUCGCUGCAGUAACCUUAUUUGAAAUAGUGAAUUAGAGGUAAAGCCCCACCUGAAGUUGCUUCGGUGACGAUCCCAACUUCGCUACCAAGCCACACCAAGACGGGAAGAAAGCAGCAGCCUGUGGAGUUAUUCGUUUGUUUUUGUUUUUUGUUUUGGGUUCAAUUUUGUAAGAACAACGAAAUUCAAGCAGACAAGACACACAGUAUGGCUUUCAUUUUUAUCAAACGUUUGACAUUGGAGCCGUGUGUUAGGUAGAUUUGGUUUCAAAAAGGCGAUGUUUUUCAUAUAAAUUCAUAUACUCCUCAGCAAAUAAAAUAAUUUGUUGCAUCUUA